AUGGCUCCGACAACUAGCAGUUCGACGGGGGACUUCACCUCGGAAGUCCUCCAGGCGCUUUCCAAGUCCGACCCAAUCUCCUCCACCGAAUCCUUCCCCGAUGUUCCCUUCGAGUCGAUCAAGGCUGCGCUUGACCGGUUGGCAUCUCGGUCCAUGGUCAUCUACGAGCAAGUUGAGCGCGAGGACGUCUUUCUAGAACCUGAGGCGGAAGUCAUUGUCAGCCAUGGGAGCCACGAGGCUCGCGUCUUUGAGGCUGUGCGCCAAGCCCUGGACGGCCUCUCGAUUCAAGACCUUGAGGGCAAGAUUGGCGACAAGACGGUCACCAAGCUUGGUCAGGGCAAGGCUUUCAAGGAGAAGUGGAUUAAGAAGGACGGUGCCAAACUUGUUGCAUUGGUCGAGUCGAUCAAUGAUGUGACGCGGGACCAGCUCAAGGUGAUCCAGGAGAAACACACGCAUGAUGCCAAGAUUGUUGCCGACUUGAAGAAGCGCAAGUUGCUGAGGACACAAAAAGUCAUCUCCUUCAGGAUAGAGAAGGGGCCCAAGUUCGCACUCGAGCUUGUCAAGGAGGAGACAGAUCUCACAGCCGAGAUGUUGGCGUCCGGCGCAUGGAAGACGGCAACUUUCAAGCCGUAUAACUUCAAGGCAUUGGGUGCGGACCAACAUGCUGGCGCCCUACACCCCCUAGGCAAGGUCCGGCAAGAGCUCAGGCAAAUCUUCUUCGAGAUGGGCUUCUCAGAAAUGCCCACAAACCAGUUUGUCGAAUCUGGCUUCUGGAACUUCGACACAUUGUUCGUGCCACAGCAACACCCGGCUCGCGACCUGCAAGAUACUUUCUACGUAUCAGACCCCGUGAAGGCUGGUAGGCCUGGGCCAACAUCUGCGGAGGACAAGAAUGAUUACGAGACCUACUUCAAGAAUGUACAGGAAAUUCACGAAAACGGGAAGUAUGACUCUAUUGGGUACAGGUACCCCUGGUCGGAGGAUGAAUCUCUCAGGCUUGUCCUCCGUACACACACCACCUCCGUCUCAGCGGCGAUGUUGCACAAAUUAGCUGGCCAGAAGAAGGUUGAUGGCCGCGUCCCUCCAGCUCGGUACUUCUCUAUCGACCGAGUCUUCAGAAACGAGACACUGGACGCAACACAUCUCUGCGAAUUCCAUCAAGUUGAGGGUGUCAUCGCCGACUACGGGUUGACGCUUGGUGGCCUGAUGGAGUUCAUGGACAUGUUCUUCGCCGCCAUGGGUGUAACAGGUCUUCGGUACAAGCCAGCGUAUAACCCCUACACAGAGCCAAGUAUGGAGAUUUUCUCGCAUCACAAGGGGCUUAACAAGCUAGUCGAAAUUGGCAACUCAGGCAUCUUCCGGCCGGAAAUGUUGGAGGCCAUGGGUUUACCCAAGGACAUGAGGGUCUUUGGCUUCGGAUUGGGGUUGGAGCGACCAACAAUGAUCAAGUACGGCAUUUCCAACAUCCGCGAACUUCUUGGUCACGGUGUCGACCUCAAUUUGAUUCAGAAGAACCCGGCAGUCCGCUUCGACAAGGAUUAG